GCACGGAGUGCGGUUGACCACUGUCAGCCUCCUGGCCGGAGAUAUAAAAUUCGGGCAGCCUGAACCCCCUACCCACCUCAUUUAUCAUCAAAUUAUGCGUGCAUUCAUUCUCGUCACAGCCCUCGCUACGGCCACCAUCCACAUUGCCCAUGCCAUGCCUAGCUCCAACAUCGCGAUACGCAGUGCCUCCCAAGACGCCGCAGGCAUCCCGCACGUGUCACAUCCUUCCCACCAACGCAACAGACUUUACCAAGGAAAGAAGGUUGGCGAGGGUGAACAACGGAUGGCCCCUAAACAGGCUGCGCCAGGUCCCGUUCAUCUAGCUGAGCCGCGUGAAGAGCAAGAGGCGCCGAUCUCUAGAAGGGAGAAGAAGACCAAACGAGGAGUGCUCAGGGAGAGGACGAUCAAGAACGCAGACUACGGCUCCGGAAGUGCUCCUGCAGGGGAGGCUGCGGCGAAUGCACACUCCCAAGAUCCUCCUGGCCCGACGGCCACGCCCGCAGCCGCUCCUAGCCCCGCAUGAAUCUCUGAUGACACAAGGCCUCCUCAAGCUGACCACGGCUGACACGUUUCGGAGGAUGUUUCGGUCGGCAGUACAGGAGGAAAUUUGGAGAAUCGUUAAUAUUGAAUGGCCAGACUGUGUCUGUCAUCCGUCACAGGUCCAUAACAUGACUAUGUAGUACUGCCAUGAGUGGAUGAACGGUAGA